UGACAAGAAGGGAGAAAGGGGUAGGAAUGCCAUGCUUCAAUAACUUGUCACUAAAUAUUCGUCGUCUUCAUUUAUAUUUUUAAAAUCCAUUGACAUUCAGUUUUAACAUUGACUUACAUAUACCUUCAUUUUGGCGGGCAUUUUUGGGGAAAUAAAAAGAGACCAGUGAAACUGCCUCAUGUGUUUCAAAUUUGGAUAUAUUGGAUAUAAAAUAUAUCCACAAUACUAUAUGACAAGAGGGAUGACUUCAACUUUCCAACAGUCAAAUUUCUCUUCAUGUCCAGCAAUUGUUCACCAUCUCCAUUGUCAUUUAUCACAACUCGAGCCAUCAACUAGCUUCGUUUUUAAAUUCGCGCCUUGACGAUGGCACAUCCGGGUAGGUGCAGCCUCAUUCUGAUGAAGCUGGGCUGUGGACCAUCGCCUGUAUACUGACGGGGGCACUAGAUGAGUACCAGAACUGGAUACUGUCAGUCAAGAUGUCUUCCCGCGAAAUGGGAAAAGUGAUGGAGAAGGCUGUGAAAGGGGUAUAUAGGAAAGUAAUUUACGGUAUGGACCCAUCAGUAAUGCUCCCAAUGAUUCGUGAGACCGGAAUUCUUACUGUGGAUGGUUAUGAACCGUACUGUGAUGAACUCAACAAAAUGAUUCAGCAUGGAAGAACUAUUGCGGACAUAAACACGCGACUACUUGACAUUCUGUUCACCCGAGACAAAUGGUGGAUUGUCUUCAUCCGAGUCUGUGGACAAUGUGGAUACCAGGGCACCAUACAGGCAAUUGAAGAAAAGUUGACAGCAACUCAGCGAUCUGAACUGCGAUCUAGUACCAGGCAGCGAAGGGGUGAAGGAAGACGUGGGGGGAUGUCACAUUCAGACAGGAGACGACAGCGUCACCCUGACAAACCUUCAAGUGAUUCAAACCAGUUCUCAGAAACCAACGCCAUAGCCACGACACCAACCCUAAGGGAGGAUCCUACACUGGGAAACAUUACAUUGGAAGGAGGUCAAUGGGAAGCAAGAUACGAGAACAGGAACAGCAGCAUUGGUCCAUCUCCUGAAUCGUUGAUAGAAGCUCAACGCCCUCGACUACACAUGCGAACACAAGUUCUUACAUCGCAGAGCGGUAGUGAAAGGAGAACCAAAGGACAACAAGAAUUGUCAGAUUCAUACAGCAGACAACAAUUUGAUCAAAAUUCAUGGGAUUCAAACACCUUUUCUGAAACCAAGCCAUUAGCAAUGGCAUCGACGCAAAGGACAGAUCCAACACAUGGAACCAUGCCUUGGGGAGGUGUUCAGUGGGAAGCAAGAUACGACAACACACAGAUGAACAGUGACAUUGGUCGAUCGCCUGGAAGUGUAAUUGAUGACGAGAAGAAAUUCACUCUCAAGAAGGAAACUAUCCACUUUAUUCAAAACAUUCAAAGAGCAGAAAAUAACUUUGAGGAUGCGUUCAAAGAUUUUACAAUUUCAAAAAAGGAUACUGACAAAAUCAGUCCCAAUAUUUGGAAUAUCCCAGUCCGUGCUAACAAUGCGGUAGAUCACAAUUCGAAUUUAACGACAGGAGGCGAAUCAAACAUGCACAAAGUCAGUAAUCUCUCGUCGCUGGAGAAUAACAAGCUCCAAAGCUACCCUGGAGAGGAUGAGAGUGAAACUCGUUCAGUCAACGAUGAUGCAACAAUGGAAUGGAACCAUGAACCACACCCCAGUUUUCACAGCCACCCAAUAAUAGAUAGUCACCACGACGACAGAGAAUCGGAAGUAAAAGAGAAGGUAAUGCAGAGUUCUCCCGCUAUGGACGGAUCUAACAUGGCACCAUAUGUUAGUAAUUUAAUCAUUCAGUCACAGCUUGACCAGCAAAGAAAACAUGAGGGUGCACCACUCGGUCAGGAAACUGUCACUGUUGAAUAUCAGAGCACAGAAGGCUUGGAAGUUGAGCCGCCAAAGGAGAAGGGCCGUCACCGUGGUCCUGGAAGUCGGUAUUAUCAUCCCAAGGAACAUUAUCAUACAGAAAGUACAAGUGUAAAAAGCCACUUUGAUGAGAAGACACAGUGUGACCCCCAGUACAAGGUGAUCAACACCGAAAUGGCCUACCAAGAAGAACCUGCGUUAGCUGGAACAGAAGCAGAUUGUGAUAUACCCCGCUUGUCAGGCCCUGUCGACGUGUCUGGAAACGCUUCUCCGGUUGGCAAUAUUCCACUUUUUGGACUGAUCGAGGGGGAAACUUCACCGAAUGUCAUGUCUGACAGGCCGGGACAUGACACACUACAUAUUGCAGGUAAUGGUACAUAUUUGGCUGAACCAUACAAUGUGAUGUCUGACAAGAAAAGGUCCAGUGGCAGCACCUGCACCCAACCAGUUAAUGUCCGUUCAAAUACACCCCAACAGGCCUACUCGCCCCUACGUGAAACGUCUGAUGGGAGUGUACGCCUUUCCUCACACUACCAUCCCAGCUUUGGCGAUUCACCGGUACCAAACUAUACUCACAUUCAACCUCCAGUCCACAUUGUGUCAAUGUCGGAAACAUCUGAACCACCCCCUAUCCAUGAGGCCUUAGCUGAGAUGACACUGACCCGAAUGAUGGAUGGAGCCAGUACAGAGACACCUCGUUAGUCCGGAUAUAUGCCUGUGGUGACACAAAAGCCCACAAAAGCGGAGGCGAACUGUUCAUCAGCACACUGGCGAACCUUGUGUUCAGCAUGACACUGACGAACCUUGUGUUCAGCAUGACACUGACGAACCUUGUGUUCUGCAUGACACUGACGAACCUUGUGUUCCGCAUGACACUGGCGAACCUUGACGAACCUUGCUUUCAGCAUGACACUGGCGAACCUUGCGUUAAGCAUGACACUGGCGAACCUUGUGUUCAGCAUGACACUGACGAACCUUGUGUUCAGCAUGACACUGACGAACCUUGUGUUCAGCAUGACACUGACGAACCUUGUGUUCCGCAUGACACUGGCGAACCUUGACGAACCUUGCUUUCAGCAUGACACUGACGAACCUUGUGUUCAGCAUGACACUGACGAACCUUGUGUUCAGCAUGGCACUGACGAACCUUGUGUUCCGCAUGACACUGACGAACCUUGUGUCCAGCAUGACACUGACGAACCUUGUGUUCCGCAUGACACUGGCGAACCUUGCGUUCAGCAUGACACUGACGAACCUUGUGUUCAGCAUGACACUGACGAACCUUGUGUUCCGCAUGACACUGGCGAACCUUGCGUUCAGCAUGACACUGACGAACCUUGCGUUCAGCAUGACACUGACGAACCUUGCGUUCAGCAUGACACUGGCGAACCUUGCGUUCAGCAUGACACUGACGAAUCUUGUGUUCAGCAUGACACUGGCGAACCUUGCGUUCAGCAUGACACUGACGAACCUUGUGUUCGAAUGCAGGAUUGGGGUCUUUGGUGAAAGGCCAUGUCAUAAUAAUUAUCCCUCCAGUAAUGGUGGAUGAAGCUAACAGCAAGAUGUAUGGGAACAAUGAAUAAAACAUAUAAUAUUCUUA